AACAGAAGACACUUUAAAGUUUGUAAUAUAAAUUAAAACAGGAGACACAAGACAUAAAUAAAUCGCUUAAAGGAGAGUUAGAAAAAAUGCGCCGUAUGGGUGAAAAAAGUGAGGAGAGGCUUAUUGAGCUCGAAACUAGAUCACGAAGAAAUAAUGUGAUUUUCAAAGGAUUACGAAACGUGGAAAACAAUAAAUGUGUUGAGAAAGUGAAAGAAUUUUGUUCGGAAGUUUUAGGUAUAACAAGUGAAAUCGAAGUAAAUAGGGCUCAUUUGUUGGGCAGAGGACCUUCAGUAAUCGCGCAUAUACCAAAAGAUGAACAUAUCAAUAAAAUUUUCAAAAAUGUUCGCAAGUUGAAAAAUACAAAUUAUGUGGUCCAUCGGGAUUAUCCAAAGGACAUUCGUGUUAUCCGUGCUAGACUGUUGGCAUUGAAGAAAGCUAUUGAUAGGAUGACAAACGGAAUUGAAACUUAUAUAGGAUUCGAUUUCAUGUUGGUGGAAGAAAUUAAAUUCCAAUGGUCGAAAGAUGGCAACAGGCUGAUGGCUGGUACGGAGGACGGAGCGGAAAAACUGAAGGAGAUGCUGAGGAUGGACUUCACCGAGCAGAUACAAGCAAUUACGAGGGGAGAUCGACGUCGACGACCCGACGCCCAAGUAGCUGGCAACGAGGAUGGCGACUCGCUUCAUAACGAAUGAGGCCGACCCGCGCUCACGGCUCAAU